AUGAACCAUUUCCCGGAAGCGUGGGGUAGAGUACGCUUCAUCACUCAAUCAAACCUCCACCAUCGUUUUUUCAAAGACUGACCGGUUUCCUCUUUUUAUCCACAACUAGCCCAGAAAUGACAUUUACGGCGCAUACGAUGCCUCGUAUUUGCAAUCCUCUAUGCCGAACCAGCACACCCAGUCCCCGAUCGUUACCGGUACCAGUGUUGUUGCGCUGAAAUUUAACGGAGGGGUUGUUAUUGCUGCUGAUAAUCUCGGUAUUCUUGCCCCCCGCCACCGCCAUCCCUAUCUAUUCGUCCAUAUUUCCUGCCGCUAAUGUUGAUAACGAUGCCAUCCAAAGCUUCCUAUGGCUCCCUCGCUCGCUUCACCGACAUCGAGCGUCUGAAGCGGGUCGGGACUCACACUGUUGUCGGCGCCGGCGGUGACAUCUCGGAUAUGCAGUACUUACACGAAAAGCUGUUGGAUCCCUUGAUCAUUAAGGAGGAGUAUCAGAACGAUGGACACCAUCUACGUGCCUCGCAUAUCUACAGGUACCUUAGCAAGGUGUUGUAUCAGCGUCGUAGCAAGCUCAAUCCCCUGUGGAAUACCCUACUGGUCGCUGGAUGGGACGAUGGCAAGCCGUGAGUUUACCAAUCACUCUUGAAGAGAGGAGGUAGAGCGAUUAAUGUCCGGUGCAGGUUCUUGGCUUCUGCGGAUCUUCUAGGAACCACCUUCUCCGCCCCUGCUCUAGCCACUGGAUUCGGUGCGCAUCUCGCCGUCCCCCUACUCCGUCGUAUUUGCCCCGACGAAGCUGCCGUUGAGGGCAUCAACUGUGAACAGGCAGUUGCCGCUGUUGAGGAGUGUAUGAAGGUGCUUUUCUACCGUGAUGCUCGAAGUCUGAGCAAGUACUCUUUGGCCAUAAUCACCGCAGAGGAUGUGGAGAAUGCUGGGGAGGGCGAAGCCAAGGAGAAGGUCAAUAUUGAGUGGAGGAAGGAUAUAGAGCUUCAAAACCAGAGCUGGGCGUUCGCGGAGGGUAUUAGAGGGUACGGAGCGCAGAUUGUCUAGGUGUAUGGAUAUUAGACCUUGAGGGGCGUUGUCAAUGAACAUGUGGGGCACACAAUAUCCACAUACUCGCUCACCCAAGAUGUGAAUGGUGGAUACCUUAUCCCCGUGAACACUUGUGACUAGAACCAA